UCACACUGUCCCAUCCGACUCGCUGCUCCGUGCAUUCCAAUCAGUCGUCGCACUUCUACUUCCAUCCGAACAUAUCUCGCAUCCAUCUUACUCAUCACCCUCGAUCCCAUGGCUCCGAACAAAAAGAGGGGAGUCUCGACCCAACCUUCUUCCACCACAACCCCAUCAUCGUCCACCAAAGCCCCCCCUCCCAACUGGCCGCCCUUUUCACCCCUCAUCCCCGAAGCUCAUCUCUCCCUCCACUCUACUCUUCCAUCCCAGAUCGUCACUAUCCCCAAUUUCUGGACCGCCUCUCUGUGCAAAACCUACGUUUCCUUUCUGUCCUCUCUGCCGCUCACGACUACACCUGGAAAACCGAAAAAAGGCGAUGCAGUGCGCGUGAACGACCGUUUUCAGAUUGACGAUGCCGCCUUUGCAGAGCAACUCUGGAGUGGUACAUCGCUGAAGAGCCUCGUGCUGGGUCAAGAUAGCUUGGGCCUAGAUGACGCGCAGAGAAAAGAGCACUGGGGUGGUGACGUGAUUGGCUUGAAUCCCAACAUUCGCAUCUACCGCUACACCAAAGGCCAAUUCUUUGACCAGCAUUAUGAUGACUCUAACAACAUUACAUUACCUGGUCCGCCAGCUGUAGCUGCCAAAACUACGUGGACGUUGCUGUUGUACCUCACGUCCCCCGCUACGGGCUGCGUCGGAGGCGAGACCGUCUUCUACCCAGAGCCCGAACCCUCACAGAAGAAGAAAAAGAGCAGGGAGCCCCCGCCCGAGCCCGUCGUGUGCGAGCUCGAAGUCGGGAUGGCACUGUUGCAUCGCCAUGGCGCGCAGUGCAUGCUACAUGAAGGUCGCGAGGUGCUGCAGGGUGAGAAAUGGGUGAUUCGCAGUGAUCUCUGUGUCAGACGCUGA